AUGGUGGCACUGGUGGAGUCGUGGGACACCUACCUUGUCCCUUCUUCCCAACUAGCCUUCUCAACGAAGGCGUCUGCGCACGAUCACGCCUGCGUUGACCAAAGCACGCGCGCCUUCGCUUCUGAAGCAUCACCGUUUCGCUAUCACCUUACUGAUGUGUGCCCUGUCUUCACUACAAGCAAGCAAGACAGCAGUGACCAAGGCAGUCCACCGACCUCAGGUCCGAACAGCACGGGCACCCCCGCCGAUGUCCCCGCUACGCUUUCAUCGUCGUCGCUUUUGUGGUUGCUUACACUUGUGAGUCGGAACGUGGAGCUUCUGCGCGCCGCGGCUCACCUCUUCCUGCAGUUCAAUGCGCAGUUUGCCGCGCUUGUGGAAUCGAACGCGGUGACGGUCAACGUGCUCCGCGCACGUCACCAGCACCAGCUGGACUCCCUGCUUGAGGUGACGCACAAUCAUGCAGCGACAGACAUGAUUGUGGACUCUGCCGUCACAGAGCGAGUGGUUCUUCAGCAGCAGAAGGAGCUGGACGCCGCUGAGCGCCGCUGUGCCGCGGCGGAGCAGCGGUUGGAGGCGGAGCUGCAAGAGACGUUUUGCCGAUUUCUCACAACGUCGGCGCCGGACGCCGUGGCGGCUGCCAAUCGCAAACAGCAGUCGCUUGACUGGGCGAACGGAGGUGACGGCACAGGUGCUGGCGGCAGCCCCUAUCGUGCCGAGGUCGACGUCAGUCGAUUCGCGGAGGUGCGCAAAGCCGCUCCCUCGAACAUGCGCCGUUGCAACACCGCCGUCGCUCCCUUUUCGCCCGUCCGCCUGGUGCCCGUGCGCACCAUCAAGCUGAGCAAUGAAGUGGGCGAUGCGUCCGCGGCGUCUUGGACGCGGUCCCCAUCGAAACGAUCGCAGGAUUCAGCCCUUCAGCCCAUUAUUCUGGAUAUUUCACCUGUCUCUGCACUGUCGCGCUGUCUCGGGUGCUGCAGCGGCACUCAGCUUGGCGCCAUCGCAUCGUCCGUGUCGAGCGCGGCAGAGGAGCACCUGCUCCGCCUCGCACACACCCGCCACUCUGUGCUGCUCUUCAUCGGCUCCGAGGCCGCCGCGAUGGAUGUGAUGCAGAGCUGCAGGGCGCCUGAGCUGCUGCUGGGGGCUGGGCACAGCUGCCGUGAUCGCUUUCAAACCUUGGCAAAUCACCCUGUUUUACGGGUUCUUUUCACGACUCGACUGUGGGGUGCCAACGUCGUUCUCCUGUGGAACCCCGCGCAGGACGCUGCACCCGCUGCGGCCGCGCAGGCGGUGGUGGAGGACGCGCUGGAGCUGGCGUACGCGUGGGACGCGGACAUGUUCUCCGUGGCGGUUUUGGAAGGCGCGCGACUGCCGAGCUACGCGGGGACCGCUGGCGUCUCCGCCAUGACGGCAGGGACCUCGUCUACGUCGGCAGCGUUUUUCGCGUCUCAGGCGGUUUCGAUGGAGGUCCUGCGUCAGCUGCGCAACGGUGUGACACGAGAACUUCUUGACACCGUUGGCACGCGCCGUGCCCGUCGGUGGCAAGGUACGGCGACAUGGAUGCAACAAGGGAUUGGUAGCGCGGCUGCUGCGACGGCUGGUACUCACAUGUGCCCUCGCGCGGUGGGAGUACUCUACGUCAGCCAAUCAGCCCAGCAAGAGCAGGAGAAUCAGCUGCAACAUCAGGAGGUGUCGUGCAGUUCCUCAUCUAUUCGGUCUAACGCGGCUUCGCCGGUUCGCGGCGACAACUCCAUCGUGUCUGUCACGUCGUCGUCUUUCCUGUUCUCGCCAAUGUCCCCUGCCGGCGGAUUCCGCGGGCCGUGCAUCACCUUCAAUACGCCACUGGCGAUUCGUGCCUUUCUUCCGCUGGGAGAAGAAUACUUUAUCCGGGAACAGCCGAACUUGGUGAGGGGGCCCAGUCGCGGCGGGGGCGAUGUGCACCAGGGCGUCUCUGAAGCAGCUUCCUCGAGUACCCUUAAUCAAGAGGGAGGCGGCACGCGCGGCCUGCUGCGUCGGCCAGCCUCGGCGACUGCCACGGAAGACGACGACGCUUCCUUCAGCAGCGAGAAGGAUGCGCGCUUCUCGCACGCGAGCUUCAGGGCUACCUCCGCACCCGCUUUAUCUGCUGAUAUCGAUGCAGUGAGAGCCAGCGGCAGCAGUGGCGAGGCAGGACUGCUUCGUCAACCAGAGAUGACUCUUGAGUCGCUGAUCCAGGACGCCUUUGGAGCGCUGGCCGAAAUCCUCUAG